AUGUCUCUUACACUUAAUAUCUUGGAAAUGAAGCAGAAAGUUGCGAUUCAGCUGUCAUUCUUUCCGAAUGACCACACACUGGCUUUGGAAGAUGCAUGCAUAGGUAGGUUGAGACCCUAUGCUCUUUCUUCUCUUUAUGCCAAACCUUGGCAUGGAAAUGGAACAGACGUCAAGAAAAGAAUCCCCACAAGGGACCAUGCAUGGCGAAGUCUCUUUUCUUCCUCUGAAUCUCUGAUCUCUCUCAUGCCUCUCUGUUUGGGGCAGACAGACAGGAAACUAGGCAGAAAAUUGGGACUACAAUCGCAUCAAACAACUUUAGCAACUGAAGUAGACCUUCCUGAGAGUUUGGGGGUAAUGACUCUCCUCGACUACUAUGAAG